AUGCUUUUAAAGACCAUCGCGGUCGUUGCCGCAGGUUGCAUUCUCAGUCAGGCAGCUGUCCCGAAAAUCCCAGGGUUCUCGCUCACUUGGGCUGAUGACUUCGACGGAGGUGUUGAUUGCUUGCCCAGCUCAGAGAACUGGAUUAUCGAUACUGGUACUUCAUAUCCUGGUGGUCCAGCAAACUGGGGCACGCAGGAAAUCCAGACCUAUACAGACAGUCCCGCAAACCUCAAUCUGACGGGUGAUGGCAGCCUUCGAAUCACGCCGCUCCGGCAUGGGAACAAUUCGUGGACCUCAGCUCGUAUCGAGACUCAGCGCACAGACUUCCAAGCCAAGGCUGGCGGCAAGAUGCGUAUAUCGGCUCGCAUCCAGAUGCCAGACGUCACUGGCGAAGCCGCAGCCGGCUACUGGCCUGCCUUUUGGAGCCUUGGUGAUACCUAUCGUGGCAAUUACCAAAACUGGCCAAUGAUUGGCGAGUACGAUAUCAUGGAGAAUGUCAACGGGGUCAACCAAGUUUGGGGCGUGCUUCACUGCGGUACAGCACCCGGCGGCCCUUGCAAAGAGUUCACAGGUCUCCCCGCGACAAAGAGGUGCCCCGGAUCACCAUGUCAGGGUAAUUAUCAUAUCUACACAAUCGAAGUCGAUCGCAGCUGCAAACCGGAGAAGCUCUCCUGGAGCGUCGACGACAUUUGCUACCACACCGUCACUGAGAACGACAUUGGCAACAAAACCUGGGAGCAAGCUGUACAUCAUGGACACUUUCUUUUGCUGAAUGUCGCCAUGGGUGGUGCCUUUCCAAACGGCAACCGAAACAGCACCGACUACCUGGCAACUGCCAAGCCUGUGAGCGGCUACAAGCAGCAGGAGCGAUAUAGCGUCUUCGAUCUUGGUUUUGCUCCAUCACUCCUACACCAUCGCCGCGGCACAGAAAUCCCAAUUUAUACCACCACCGCCCUCUCGUUUCCCAGGGCGAUGGAUCCAUUCUUUGAUUCUGGCGAUGGGGUAGCGGUCUCUCAGCCGUAUCACUCCAAGCAUAUUCAUGACGUCGCACGAAGCAACUCGAUUUCGUCAAGCGCAAGCGUUACAACAAACUCGCGCACCGCUUGCAGCAGCACAAUCACUUGCGCUUCAACACACUCCACAUGUCCGACAAUCACUGUAGCUCAUCGAAGUCCGCCACCACUGCCAAAAGACAGUAUGGCGGUAUACUAUCACUACGACGAGCAGGGAAACCUGCAAUCGACUACCGCUUAUGAUCCGCUCAUGCAGCAGGGUGCGGGGAGUUUCGACCCUGAGCACUAUCUGCAACGAGGGGACGUAGUUGGAGCCUAUCUGGCUCGAAGAGAUGCCAAAUACCCCGCUUCUGCUAUCCCAAGGACGUACGACCCUCUGAGAUCUGGAUUGGAUGCGGAUGGGCGAGACCAGCUGGCAACUUACGGCAACCAGUCCGCAGGAGGCGUACGCCACGAAACCGAAGAUGAACGCAAUGACUCAUACGAUAUGCAGCCCGACAAGCUGUCUCUCCAUGCCGGUAUUGAGGACUCUGACGGUCUCGUGGCGCAGGCUGGACAAUAUCAUCCAUAUCCUAAUCCGGAAGAUAUUCGCCACUUGCAUACUCUCCACAGCCUUCUACCCUGGAUCCAUCCUGAGCGAAGACUGAAUGCUCUGAGUGGUGCAGCCGUAGAUAUUAUCGAAGAGGAUACGAAAACAGUCCUUGCCCACGAUGUCCCGAAAAAGGUGCUCGUUCUUCUCCUCGGCCGAAACGUGGUGACCAAGUUCAUCGGGACUGUUGGCAUUAGGAAGAACGAUCGUUUUGAUGGCUUCCAGAAAAUCCAGAAGAUGUUCAUCCCGAGAGGUAUCUCCAGCAUAGCAGCGAUGAGGAUAUUGCUAGCUUGGCUUAUGCGCGCAUGCCGAUUUUACAAUCUGAGCAUGAUCAGACAGUUUAACGUCCCACACAGCCUUUUCGCUGCAUCCACUCUCGCUCAAACUUUGACGCUGUUCGGUCUCCACAAGGACGCUUUGCGUGUCGAUCAGGCCAUCUCCCAGGGUCAUUUCGUCCGGCCAAUAUAUGCGGACGAACUCGAACAGCUCUGGAACUGCCUUGGUCGAUACAAUCGAUACACAUACGCUGCCAUCAAGGUCGUGGGAGAACGACUACGCGCAUAUGAGCAGACCGGUGCUUCCAAGGAGUUCCGCAAGCCGAAGGAGAUGCUAGAACUUUUGAACAGUCACCCAGAUCUAGAUGCCCUUGUUCGAGACGCGGCGCUCAACGAGCAGCACAGACCAAGCUUUAGCACCGAGUGGUGCGGGCCUGCACGGGACAGCCAAGAUUCGCAGAGGGUGUUUAAUGGAUAUCCAGCAAGGGGACCAGGCAGGACCUUGCCAUCGAAACCACCAGGUGUUGUCGUGUUAGAGCAGGAUGCGAUCCUCGAGAACUCCGACGUGCCGAAGAAGGGUCGCAAAGUAGGCAUCCUUCGAAUUCUGCCCGCACGCAUCUAA